UGUCAUUAUCCCCUCCUUUACCCUCCUCUCUCCUUUUCCCCUUUUCACCCUCUCUCUUGUCCUCCUCCCUAAUACUCUCCCCUCCUGUACAUCUCUCUUCCCCUCCCUUCUUCCUUGUAUCCCAGAAAACUCAAAGAACUGCUCACAGGGAUCUGGGCUCAAAAGAGAGAUAGAGAAGAAAAGGAGGGAGGAGAGAGAGAGAAAAAAAACGAAGGAGUGAAAGAGAGAUCCAAAUAUUUCUCUGGGAAUAAAGCCCACCUGUACCCAGUCCGCAGCAAAAGUGACAGAUUCCCUCACAGGAGGUGACUAUGAGAACUUGGGUCAUUCUACUUUUACCUUUGGUCCUAAUUUGGGUCAUAAAAGUAGACGGUCAAAGACGUAGACCUCGUCCAACAGUUGUUCGUCCACCUAAGAGGCCAACCCCACCACCACCAGAACCCGUGGAACCCACAGAGCUUCCCCCGCCACUUCCACCUGGACCUCCAUCUGUUUAUCCUGAUUGUCCUCGUGAAUGCUACUGUCCUCCUGAUUUUCCUUCCACAAUUUAUUGUGACAGUCGCAAUUUACGCAAAGUGCCAAUUCUGCCUUCUCGUGCUAGGUAUGUGUACCUGCAAAAUAACUUCAUUGAGGAUUUAUCAGAAGAUGCCUUCAAAAAUGCCACUGAGAUUCAGUGGAUCAACCUUGAUAAUAACCGUAUUAAGAAGUUAGACAAAAAAAUCCUUGAAAAGAUGGAAAACCUGACAUAUCUUUAUGUGGAAAAGAAUCAGUUAAAGGAAGUACCACCUUAUUUGCCUCCAAAACUGGAACAAGUUCGCUUCAGUCGUAAUCAGAUUUCCAAAAUACCUCCUGGUGUCUUCAACAAAAUGGACCAGCUGAUAUUGCUUGACUUGCACCAUAAUAAAUUAAGUGAUAAUGUGUUUAACAAGAAUACACUCAAGGGUCUAAAGAAUCUUAUUCAGCUUAAUUUGGCACACAAUAUACUAAGAAAAAUGCCUCCCACAAUACCUGAAACAGUGAAUCAAUUAUUUCUUGACAGGAAUAAUAUAGAGGACAUCCCUGCAAAUUACUUUAAAGAUCUCCCCAAUUUAGCUUUCUUAAGGCUCAAUUACAACCAGCUCUCAGAAAAAGGACUACCGAAAAAUGCCUUUAACAUUUCCAGUCUUCUGGUCCUUCAACUAGCUCAUAACCGAUUUACGACAGUACCAUCCAUCAGCUCCCAUCUGGAACACCUCUAUAUGAAUGACAACUUAAUAGAAAAAAUUAAUGGCACUGAUCUUUGCCCGCUACCAUUUGCGCCAGUUGAUUUCCUGUCAUCAGAUUUGACCUUUGUUCCACAUCUGCGAUACCUGAGAUUGGAUGGAAACCAGCUGAAACCCCCAAUACCGCUGGAUGUUAUCAUGUGUUUCCGUCUUUUGCAAUCUGUGAUCAUCUAAGUGAUAUGGCCCACAACAGGAAUAGGCAAAACUAAUAAACUGCUGUAGUCCAAUUUCCUGUACUAACACACCAAUGUAUAAUCGUAUUCUUAGACAUUUUGAUCUGUAAAAACAUUCAGUGCAACUAAUCUGCAUUUUCUUAUGCACUGGUAUUAGAUAUAUAUUUACUACAAUGAUGAACAGUCAACAAUCCAAGUGGUAAACCUUAAUGGGAAAUGUCAGUCAAUAAAAAAAUGUUGUGAUAUCAACACUGUUAAAAUACAUUCCUCCAGAUAUUGUAUUGUGGCUCAAGGCUGAAGAUACUACAGCCACAGCCCAAUACAAUAGUGCAGGUAGGACAAACCGAAUUAACAGUACAGAAUGAAUAGAAACAAAAAUGUUGCUGAUGCAGAGAAAGGAAAUGCAGGUAAUUAAAUUCUACCCUGAAGUCUUAUAUUUUACUAUAAGGGUAUGUUCACACAAUGGAAUUUCAGUGCAGAAUUUCGCAUUAGAAUUCCGCACUGAGAUUCCGCAGCAGCAGAUUCCUAUUGAUAUCAGUGGGAUUCAGCUGUGUUGUGCACACAGCAGAUGUUUCUGCUGUGGAAAUCCCUAUUCAUAGACAUGUAGACAAUAGACAUAGACAGGUAACUUAGUCCACGCAGAAAUGCAUUUCCGUCUAUGAGACGGCGCAUUUCAGAGUGGUCCUAGCCUAAUAGUUUAGUGACAGUAUGUAAAAGUACAACCAAAGCUAGAAUGCAUGAUAAAAAGAAAUAUAAGAAAAAUGUGUCCCAAGUGUUUGUCCGUCUGCAAUCAUUUCUUCAUGUAUCUGGAGCAAACAGUCUUGUAGAAAUCAGGAAGACAACACAUAAGGUAUUCCUGAAUCUCCUAUAUUUGUCCAGCAAGUGGCUAAUUAGCAGACGUUGUGUUCCUGGUCUUUUAAUGCAGAGCAUUUGAAGCAAUUUUUGCACUCCUGCUACGGUGGCAUAGUUCUGUUUAUGUGGGGGAGGGGUAAGUGGACGGGCUCUUGUGACACCAAGAAGAAUUUUACAUAUUUUUAAUUUUGGCCCACUGAUAAACUUUAUGUAUUCUGUAAUAUUGUGUUGGUUUUCUUCUGUAUUCAGUAAAAGAAAACAAUGUUGU